AUGUCCGGACGCGUCAAACUUGGAGCUACUCAACUAGACGCCAUCUCCUUAUCGAGUGACUCCGACGCCGUAUCAGUCACCGCUCUGUCUAUCAGCAGCGACGAACUACCGACACUUGACGAUAUUGUGGCGGGGAACUUUAAAUCGCAAAGAGCUGGGACGCCAAUCGACUACGCCUCGCAGCACGCUGGACCCUCAUCCAGGAUGUCGCGGUUGAGUCAACCGCCGUCACAAAAUAGACUGGCCAAGUCUUCGUCGGCGUCCAAAUUGUCUUCCUCCACCUCCAAAGGAAAGAAGAGGAUGGUCUUGGACGAAACCCUUAUUAACGGCAAGGACUAUACACCAACGACCAAGCAACGACGCAAGACGCCGAAACUUCUCGACGGGCAGAGUAAACUGUCACAGUUCCUCUCGAGGGACCCGCCAAUGUCCAGCGCGGGGCCCUCACGACUAUCGAAACAGAUCAGCAAGGAACCUCUUAGGGGAACGUCCCGUGCUAAUGCCAUCGACCUCGAUCCAACCUCAUCUGAGGAUGAGGUGCCCGUCGUCGCCACCCCUCGAAAACGACAAGUGUCCCGACAACCGUCCCGUCCACCUACAGCAUCCGCGUCACAGCGCCUGUUCACUCGAGUUAGAAGCGCCACCAGUUUCUCAGAUGCUCCGGUUGAGCUGCCUUCUCCUCGCAAGGGCAAAUCGACCUCCGGAGCUGACGACGGAUUAUUAGACUGGCUUCGAGUCUCGCCAUCCCUUUCGCCUUCCUUAUCUCCUCAAGUAUCGCCUGCCCGACCAAGGACCGGUAUCGGGGAGUCCUUUAGCAAGCGGCUGAAGAGUCCGACGCCAGCUGUGAGAUCUUCCCAACCAGACCGGUGCGCCGAUAACGCGCAGCCGCGAGACUCUCAGCGUGCCCGAUCUGUUACUAGAGCUCCGGCCACGCCUCAACGGAGGGCGCGCAACACCUUUCUACCACCUCCCAAGAUCAGUGCAAGCGGCAGUCUAGAGCUGGUUCCAGAAACGCCUCCACGCCCGACGGAUCUUUUGGCCUCCCUCGCACGUACACCUACGCCUUCCCCUGCUAAACCGCGGAUCGAUCCUUCGCCGAUCAAGCCUACGGAGCUACCGGUCAGGUCUAAGGAGCUGCUGGCCAAGCUCAAGGAGACGACCGUCUCGCCGAAGAUUGAUCCUAUCCCCGCCAUGAAGAGGCGCCGGGCUGCGUUUGAAGAGUUAGACGAAGAGAGCUAUCGUCCCAGCCCAAAGACGAAGUUUGGCCGCGAGGUUCGACAGCUUCAAAAGCGCGACGUCUCGGUGCCAGCGGAUCCUCCAUCAUCCAAUCGACCGCGACGAGUCGCUGCUGUCCCCGGAAAGUACAAGCUUCCGACGAUGGAUACACCGAUCCAUCAGUGGCCGACGACGCGAGGAUCUCCGGGUUUGCCUACGCGCACUCCAGCCCGCAAGUCGUCGUCACCGAGCAGACUGCGCAAUGCCGUGGCUGCCUCACCCGUAAAUAAUACCCCAAGACAGCCUAAGGGGAAGACCGUGACGAAGAUAACGGUUACGCCUCGCAGUACGAAGAAAACCCCGAAGCGAAAGCCGGCUACUCGCCCUGCUCCGCCAUCAGACAGCAGUUCCGAGAGCUCACUCAGCACACCGCCACCGCCAGAGCGAGAAGAAUCGCCGCUGCAGCCAUGCGAGACACCAGCACCAGAGGUUGCGCCGACACCCUCACCUCCGCCAGCGCCUGAACCAGAGGAAGACCUGCUAGCUGAAUUUGCAGAAUACGCAGAUUGGCCAGGGUCACCCUCGCAAUCUCAGCAGGCGGCCCAGUCACCGAGGAAUGGCUUACUCCGCACGCCCUCGCGAUCAUCUAUUGGGCGCAUGAGCGCGUCCCCUCUUGUCAGGCGUCCUUCGCUAUCCCCGCUGGCCAGCCAAAAGCCACAGCUCCCUCCCUCUCAGUCCUCACAGAAGUCUUUGACCACCCGCGUCCUGGAGGACGCCCAGGCCCAACGCGAAGCGGCCGAACGAGCCGCUGAGGACUACGCCCGUCGUCUGGAAGCGAAAACAGCUGAGAAGAUCCGCGACUAUGAGGCUGCCACGCCCAGUGACAGCGAGGACGAGCUGCACCUCUCGCAAGUGCUUGAGGACCGGUCGUCUCAGCACUCCCAGCCUGAGAGGCGAAGCAGGCGCAUCCGGGGUAUGCUGGAAGAGAAGGCUCAGCAGCAUAUCAUCAACGCGGCUAAGGCGCUCACGGAGGAAGAGUUGGCGGCGGAUCGUGAAAUGAAUGCCCUCUACCGGAAGGGGAAGAAGAAGAUCGACCACGAUGCUUUCUUCAGGGCGGCAGACAUGGCUGCUCGCCUUGAGCAAGGCGAUGACGCUAGCGGUACUGGGUCCGCGCUGGACCUCUCCUUCCUUGAUGGUGAGGACCGGGAUGCGAUCGCCGAUUGCACGAGAACUCAAGAUGACCCGACCGAUGCUGCCAAACGUCAACAACGACAUGCCGAUCUGAGCCGACCCACCUUCUGGAAGUACGAAUCGUUGGCGGAGCGGAAGGAAGGUAGUACUGUUACCUUCCCGCCUGCUCCAUUCGAAUGGCCGCAACUCGGCGAUGUGGAGGAGGACAUUUACGAGGCUUUGUUAUCCGGGGCUGUACGUGAUUUGGCGCAAAGCGACGGUGGUGCUCUCCGCUGGUUGUGCCAGGUAGCUCUGGCCUCGACGCAGGACAGUCUGACGAUGCUCGCUACCACCGACGUCGUCAACGCCCUGCCCUCGCUCGAAACUGAUCCUUUCCAAGGAUCUGACUGCAGUUUCCUCGACCUGGCUGCCCGCGCUUGGAAUGAGCUGGGCGCCACAGACGAUCACAACGCGUCCCGCGCUGUUGGGCAGACUCGAGAGGCUGCGACCGCUGUCAUCUGCCAGAUCGCGCGAGCCCUGGCUUCCGCCAAUGUACUUCCUGGUCAAGACGUUGUGGGUUUGAUUCGGAAGCUGGCUGUCCUGGCGGUCGAUCCCUCUACAUCCUCGGCCACGCGCUCGAGCAUUACCGACACCAUCGAAGACCUAGCUACGGUGAUUGAGUCCGCCGAAUCGAGGCCAACACUUCUGUCCGCACUCGUUGAAGACCUGGCGGAGCUGCCGCUCGUGGUUCAAGCGCGUGCAAUCUGCAUCUUCGGACAGGGAUCUGAGAGUGUCCGCACUAUGGCACGUUGGACAGCUCUUGCUCUCCUUCUGCGUUCUGAUGGCCAGGAGUGUGAUUUCUCACCGCGCCGCGAAAGCCACCCCAACAUGACCGACCUCCACUCUGGUAUGGACUUGAUCCUAUCGGGUUUGCGGGGGGCAGAGUCGGACUACUACCGCCUUCUCGAUCAGCUCUCCCUUUGGUCAUCGGCCGCAGGCGACACCUAUGCGCUGGUGAAGCGGUGGUGGGAUGAGAAGCAGCGCCGCUCCGAAGAGCUUGCUGACACAGAGGAGGCAGAGGAGAGUCUCGGCCUCGGUCUGAAGCUCAGCCCCGGCGUGUGUGUUCCCGAGACACCCAUCGAAUCAUCCCGCGCCACGUCUGUGUCGCUGCACGACGAGUCGCGCGCGAGCUCGGCCCUCGUGAAGGUGAAGUCGGAACGCCCAAGCCCCGGGUUGGAGAGUAGCGAGAACGAGGACCCCAUCUCGCUCUUCCUCGCACUCAAAUACGCAGCAAACAAGGUCCGCGACGAGCCCGGCACAUCUCCCCUGCUCAAGAGCCGCCUGAACCAGCUCGCGCAGUGCAUCCAGCAGAACGUCAUGGCCGAGGUCAAGCUGCUCGAGGCGGCCAAGGCGGCCGAGAUUUACAAGAGAGGGUACCUCGAGGAAGGUACCGGGGGACAGACGCGCCUCAGCUUCGGCGGGGCGGGCGUCAAGAUUGAGCGUGAGGAGUAG